AUGGGUUUGCCUUCUUCUCCAAAGUCAUGCUUUGUUUUUGUUUUCCUCUGUCUUCUCAAUGUUUCCACCAUUAACUCAACAAAGCCAUUAAAACAAGAAGCCGUGCUUUUUGGAGGGAAGUUUCCGGCUUUGUAUGUUAUUGGAGAUUCAUUGGUUGAUUCAGGAAACAAUAAUAAUCUUUUGACAACGGUGAAAUCAAAUUUUCCACCUUAUGGUUCUGACUUUGAAGGAGGCAAACCCACCGGCCGUUUUAGCAAUGGCAAAACAAUCGCUGAUUACAUAGCUAUCUAUUAUGGACUCUCAUUGGUCCCUGCUUAUUUGGGAUUAUCAGAAGCACAAAAGAACACAAUCUCAACUGGUUUUAAUUAUGCUUCUGCUGGCUGUGGAAUUUUUCCUCAGACAGGAAAGCUACUGGGAUACUGUCUCUCGAUGAGUGUUCAAGUCGAUCUAUUCAAGGAUACCAUCGAGAAGAAUCUGAAGAAACAGUUUAAGAAGCCAUCAGAGCUUAGUAAACACUUAGCUGAAUCAUUGUUCAUGACCGCGAUCGGAGUUAACGAUUACUUUUUCUUCUUUAAUAAAUCAACCGAUGCAGAUGCGUUCACAAACAAGCUUCUUCAUGACUACUUGGUGCAAAUCGAGAGAUUGCAAGGGUUAGGAGCAAGGAAGUUCUUGAUCAACAACAUUAAACCAUUGGGAUGUUACCCAAACAUAAUAGCUCAUACCGUGCCACGUGGAAGCUGCAACGAUCGUUUAAACCUUGCCGUUGCUCUUUUCAACAGCAAGCUAAGAAAAAGCCUGACUGAAAUGAAGAAGAAAUUCACCAACACUUCAUUCUUGUACUCAGAUUACUUCAACUUCAUGUUGGGACUUCGAGGACCUUCGAGCAAUCAAGCUAGUUCGAAUCUACUGAACACGACAAGCCCAUGUUGUCCUAACGUUUACGAUGGAGAGAUGACCACGAGUUGCAGACGAGGUUCGGUCGCGUGUAAGGUGCCAGAUACACAUAUGUUCUUUGAUCCAUUUCAUCCGACUCAGCUAGCUAAUCUCAUGUACGCGAUUGAGUGUUUCCAUAAGAGAACAGUUUGUCAUGUGGUGUGA